GCCCUCACGUUCAGCCUUGUUGACUUGGAAACCAUUGCAGCGUCGUCCGUGAAGUUAGGGCUCAGCGUGCGCACAGAUAUACGUCUCGCUACUGGCGCGGCUAACUCCCUCUGCGUUUUUAAAUGAACUUCUGGGCAUUUGACUUUGUAUUAAGCCUCAGAGGUUUCGCUUUAGAACAUAAUUUAAUUUCUGCCUCCAUUUACUCGGGCAAGUUAGCAUUGGCAAACUAGCCGAUAAGCUAAUGUUCAUGGUUAAUUUGGGUUAAUACUUUUUAGUUUUAUUUAGUCUGCUUCAGUUUAACAUACACUGCAUGAAACGUAAGCUAUUUCUUUCCUUAGGUUACUCCAUUGCAGUAUGUGCCCAUCACUUUUUUGUGAAAUAAGGCUUUUUUGAUUUCGAUUUUGCCCUCAGAAUGAGAAACAUCUCGGUGUGUAAGAAUGCCAGUAGGUGAGAGUAAAGAGCGAGGAAAGACCCGGGAACGAUUUAACGAGGUCUUCAAGAAAUAUACGGAUUCGGAAAAGAAAAAGUCAAAGAAGGAAAGCGCUGAAGCAAAGGAAGCUAUUGUGCUUCAGAAUCGGAGAACAAAACUCGACCUUGAAAAUGACAGAGAAGAAGAUGAGACCGUUCUGCAAAACACGGCUGAUCCUGAAGAGGACAGCCCACGUCGCGCCAAGAAUAAAAGACGAGUGGCAGAAAAAGGUUUUGCCAACAACCAGGAGGACGGCAAAACAUCUAAAGCAAAGAGGAAAAGCAAGAGGGACCUUCCUCCCCUACCUGUACGUAAGGACAACACCGGUGACAUCCAAAGGGACACAGAUUCUCCUAAGCAUGAACAUGUUCAAGGCCCAGAAGACGCUGGCUGCAGAAAGGAACCAAAACGGAAGAGUAAGAAAGGAAAAAGCAAAGAUGACACCGAGGUUACAGCACAGGCGGAGGAUGCAGAAGAUAAACUGCUGCACCGAUACCAGCAGCAGAUAGCACAGGAAGAAGAGAGGACCAUGAAGAAGACGAGGGUCAAAGAGCAGGAGGGCGGCGUAGUGUCACAAAACAUCACCCCCACUGACAAUAUGGGGAAAAAGAAAAAGAAGAAGCUGAAAUCUGCCACCACCGAGUCAGAUGAAGGAGAUCAAGACGAAGACAUCGACCGAGAGGCUGAUGCUGAAAAUGAAACCGAAUCGAAGGGAAAGAAGAAAAAGAAGAAGAAAAAGCAUGUCGUCAAAGACGAGAGUGAGGCCGAGCCGGAAGAAACAGAAAAGCAGGCCUUUGAUGACAGUCUGGUGCUGGGAGUGUUCAUUCACAGAACCGAUCGCCUCAAGACGGACUUGCUGAUCUCACACCCCAUGGUGAAGAUCCACGUUGUAGAUGAAACCACGGGGCAGUAUGCGAAGAAAGAGGACUGCCAUCGGCACGUCUCUUCGUUUUACGAAAGCGAGAACGUUGACCACAUCCUGCCGAUCAUGACGCAGCCAUUUGACUUCAAGAAGAACAAGUCCAUCAUCCCCGAGUGGCAGGAACAGAUCCUCUUCAACGAGCGGUUUGGUUACUUUGUUCAGCAAACGGAUGCAGCGCCGAGAGUUCUGCUCUUCUUUGAAAUCCUGGAUUUUGUGACGAUGGAGGAGGCAAAAGCCAACAACAACGCUGACGAGCAUGAGCGAGGGUUUCGAAAGAUCGCUUGGGCGUUUCUUAAGCUCGUCGGCGCCAAUGGGGUUUUGAACAUUGAGAGUAAACUUCGCCUCCAGCUCUUCUGCCCUCCAUCUCGGGCGAAGAGACAACCCAAAACAAUAGAGGUGUUUGAGUGGUGGAGGAAGUACCCAAGAACCAAAUACGCGUCCACGCUCUACGUCACCGUGAAAGGAAUCAAACCCCCCGAGCACGUGGACCCUGGUAUGCGGUCUAUGAUGGCGUUGCAGGAGGAGAGAGGCAGCACCUCCUACAGUGAGCUGCAAAAUGAGGCCACCAGGAGAGGCCUGACGCAGCCCCCUGACAGCAAGCAGCCGCCUAUCCUGAGGUGGAGCCGGCUGCCCGGGCAGAUCUGUCGAAUUCCCAACAAGCACAUUUUAGCUUUCCGUGGUGGUAAGAUGGGCUGCUUCACGGUCCUGUUUUCUCAUGCUGGAACCAUGCUGGCUGCUGCUUGUGCCGACAGAGAUGCUUUCCCCGUCGUUGUGUAUGAGAUCCCCUCUGGGAAGGUAAUGGCUGCUUUCAGUGGUCAUCUGAAAAUUGUGUAUGAUCUCUGCUGGUCCAGAGACGACACAAGCCUGUUGUCUGCCUCUUCAGAUGGUACUGUCAGAGAGUGGAAUGUGGAAAGACUUCUGGAGAGCGCCCAGAAGGUGCUGCCUCACCCGUCCUUCGUGUACUGUGCCCGGUACCAUCCCGGUGCCCAGAACCUGGUGGUGACUGGGAGCUACGACUGCCUGAUACGAGUGUGGAGGCUCGAUGUGGAGGAUGUGAACGGCCAGAUGCUGCAGGAGUUUGAGGCUCACAGCAGCUUCAUCAACACUGUGUGUUUUGACGCUGAAGGAAGAAGAAUGUUCUCUGCAGACAACACAGGCAUCAUCAUUGUGUGGAAAACUUCAGUAAAUCCCAGCAAACAACGGCAACAUCCGUGCCAUCACUGGUCUAUAGAGAUGAAAAUUGAUGAGAGCGACCUCGGCGGCAUCCCCAUCAACAUGCUGCAGCUCCAUCCGAAUGGCCGGUGUCUGCUCAUCCAUGCCAAAGACAGUGCUGUCAGGAUGAUGGAUUUGAGGAUUUUGGCCGUGAAGAAGUACACUGGUGCGACGAACUACAGAGAGAGGAUCUACAGCACUUUCACGCCGUGUGGGAACUUCAUCUUCUCUGGGAGCGAGGAUGGGAUGGCGUAUGUCUGGAAUACCGACACAGGAGACCAACUUGCAGUUUACUCAGAGCUUUGUUACCGCACUGCUCUCCAUGGCGUCUCCUUCCACCCCCAUGAGAACAUGGUGGCUUUCUGUGCUUUCGGGCACAGCCAGCCUGUGCAUGUGUACCUGUACGAUCGCAAAGUUUCCCAGCUGGAGAUGCACAGCGUUAAGGCAUUGAGCAGAUCCGCGUCUCUGGACACCAAAACCGUCCGAAACACUCCCGACUCGGUGACGCUGCAAGACGCGUCGACUCCUUCAGCCAUGGAUCACUUUGCCCACACAGCUAGACUCGCCCUGAAGAUGCAGUCUGUCAAAGAACAGUUGGAUUCGGUUCUCGAACCACGUCGAAGGGCUUCAGCUUCUGGGCUCAGUUUUGAUCACGACAAAGUGGGAAUGAGUAACACAGGCAGGAGCUUUACAUCUGAUGUUGGCACAGGAUUAAAUGCCUCACUGCCUCCUCUGUCUCUGCUCUCGCCCCACUCCAAGCUGCAGCUCUCUGCUUCUUUGGCAGACCAGCUAAUCCCCCAAGCAGCUCUGCACACACAAAGUCGAGGCUUCAGUCCGAUCGGUCAGAGGCUAAAAGGAGCCUCUUCUUUCAAACUGCACACAACUCUGCCCGACCGAACCACCUCAGGUUUUUUUGAGCCAGAUUCUGCCCCCGUUCAACAAAUAGUCGUUUCUCUCUACGACUACGGAGCAAACCGCUCUGAUGAACUGACCAUCCGGCGCGGCGACGUCAUCCAAGUACUGUACAAAGACAACGACACCUGGUGGUUUGGACGCCUGCUCAACGGGCUGCAGGGAUAUUUUCUUGCUUCCUAUGUAGUAGAUCAGCGUGAGUUUAGCGAAGAGUCUGCAGAGUGCGACCCAGCUUCAUUGGAAAAGACUGUUGAGAGGUCUACGCCCACCAGGGUGUCUGCUGCAGUUAGUUCUUCUGGGGAACUCAGGUUUCUCUCUGAGCCAACUUUAUCGGACACCGAACCCGAGCUGACCGAUGCCAAAACUAGAAGAAAAAAGAAAGUGAAAAAGCCAGAAGCGACUCGGACUACUUUCUCGGACGUGGACGCUUCGGGCUCGGCUAGAAGCAGAAGAAGAGCCAAGCCAACCCAGAGACCUCUACCAAAGAGGCCAGCAGGCCAGUCUAACGGUGCCUUUGAGCCUGAUGAAUGAACUCAUUAAACACCAGACAGGCUUAUAUCUCGGCCCUCUUUAUCAGAGCUGGUGGCUUGGACUUCUUUUUUAUUUUUUUAUUUUUAAAUUAUAUUUAUAUCCAUUGCUCAGUUACAUAUGGUACAUUAUCAUUUUUGUAUACAUUUAGAAAUGCCAUUUUCUUAACAGCUUUAUGAAUACUUAAUAAAUUGAAAUGUUUUGAUUUGACUGUAAAAAUAUUUUUUGAUGCAACAAAAGCUGUAAAGAUGCCAAAGGGCAGUGUUCACAAAUGCAUUUCUGUAAUCAUGAUCAUAGUUUCCUAAUAAAACCUUGAGUCGCA